AUGAAGACCUUAUUCAUCAAACACACCAUUUUCCUUCUAUCUUUCCUUCUAGUUACCACCUCUGUGGAGCCUUUCAUCUUUAACUUUCUACCACCCUUCUUCAAGGCCCCUCUAGCUCUGCCAUUGUUGCAACCUCCAACACCAACAACAGAGCAACAAGUGAUAAAGGUCGGUAAUAAGGCUGCGGAGGCUGCGGUGGAGAAUGGAGGUUCUUGGGAAGUCAUUAAAGAGAACUCCGGUGUGUCGGCAAUGCAUUUGGUUAUAUUGAGGAAUAACAAAGCUGUCUUCUUUGAUGCUAGUGUAACCGGACCUUCACUCUUCCGUUUGCCUAAGGGACAGUGCCGUUUUGAUACAAGGAUAAAGAAAAAAGAUUGUUGGGCUCAUGGCAUUGAAAUGGACUUAGUUACUUAUGAUUUGCGCCCUAUCAAGGUUGUAACAGAUACUUGGUGUUCAUCUGGGGCAUUUGAUGAGGAUGGGAAUCUAGUGCAAGCCGGUGGAUGGAAUGAUGGAGGAAACGCUGUCCGAACCCUUGCUCCUUGUGACACCUGCAAUUGGGUUGAGAACCCCAAAGGUCUUGCAGUCCAAAGAUGGUACUCAUCCCAACAAGUUCUCCCGGACGGCCGGUUCAUAAUCAUCGGCGGUCGCCGGCAAAUGAACUUCGAAUACCUCCCACCACCCGGCCAAUCCAACAAGAUAACCUACGACCUCCCUCUUCUCCAACAAACCACCGACGAAGUUGAGAACAACCUCUAUCCAUUCGUCCACCUCCUUCCCGACGGCAACCUCUUCAUCUUCGCCAACAACCGUUCCAUCCUCCUCGACCCACGCACCACCAAAGUCCUCCGCGAGUACCCCGUCCUCCCGGGCGGCUCCCGCAACUACCCAGCCUCCGCCGUCUCAGUCCUCCUCCCUCUCGACCUCAACCGCCAAGGCCGCAAAUCCCGCACCAUCAGCGCCGAAGUCCUCAUUUGCGGCGGUGCUCCUCACAACGCCGCCAAACUCGCCGCCGCUAAACCCCGAACUUUUCUCCGCGCUCUCCGCAGCUGCGGCCGCAUCACCCCUACUCAACCCAACCCCACUUGGCGCACUGAGCUCAUGCCUUCUCCUCGCGUCAUGGGCGACGGCCUCCUCUUACCCAACACCGACGUCCUUAUCCUCAACGGCGCUCGCCGUGGCACUGCCGGCUGGUAUUGGGCCACUGAACCAAACCCCCAACCCCUUCUCUACCACCCUCGUAACCGCCGCCGCAACCGUUUCCAAUCUCUCACUCCCACCACCAUUCCCAGAAUGUACCACUCCUCCUCCGCCGUCCUUCCUGACACCUCCAUCCUCGUCGCCGGCAGCAAUCCUAUCCCCGCUUACAACACCACUCUCGGCUCUGACAACCCUUUCCCCACUGAAGUUAGACUUGAGAAGUUCUACCCACCUUACUUCAACCCUUCUUUUGAUUCUCAACGACCCACACUCAUCUCCGGCGGUGCUCCGUCUGACGUUAAGUAUGGCCAGGCUUUUGCUUUGGAGUUCACAGUGACUGCAAAUAUCACCGCCGACGAUGUUGAUCUUAAGGUGACGAUGUAUACUCCGCCGUUUACUACUCAUGCUGUGUCGAUGAACCAGAGGCUUUUGAUUUUGAGGAUGAAAGGGUGGGAGUCUGCUGGUGAGAAUAGGUACCGUGUUACUGUUUUUGCUCCGCCGGCGCCGGAGCUUGCUCCGGCUGGCUAUUAUAUGACGUUUGUUGUCAACCAUGGUGUGCCUAGCCAUGCGGCUUGGAUUAAGGUUCAUAAAUGA